AUGCACGCGAUACGGAAGACGAGAGUCUCGUCUGAUGCCCUGGCUGGUGCCCUCCACCAUCACCACCACCACCAGCAGCAGCAACACCACCACCACUGGCUGCUCAUAUGUGGACUCCACCGAGCCAGUAGACUAGACGGCGCGUGCCAGCAACAGCAACAGCAAGAGCAACAGCAAGAGCAACAGCAACACCCGCACCAGCUCCAGCUUAUAAACAAACUUGAGCAGCAGCAACAGCAACAGAACCACCACCACCACCACUACCACCACCACUUAUACUAUCAUUAUCAUCAGCAGCAGCAAAAAUAUCAUCAACUCGAAUUUGACCACUGUCACCGCAACUAUCAUAAUAACUCACAGAAAUUGGAAUUCACGAGGAAUAUUAAGAAAAUUUUUAUCAACUUUAACGAGGAAAAAAACAGUGUCAGUAAAAAAUAA